AUGCUACUGAUACUUAUUUUGGCGUCUUUAUUGAUAAGCUGUAUUGAUUCCUAUCCAUUCCUACCUUCAACGCCUAAACCGAUUAUAUUUAAACCAACAAGAAAUCAAAUUAAAUAUAUAAAAUGCAAAGGCAAUUUGUUCAGAAGAAAAAAAUGCCUCAAAGAGUUUACACCUCUCUGCGGUAUAGAUUCUUAUGAAGAUGAACUAUUUGGAUGCUUGGAUUACAAAACGGUCGAAAAUAAGGAACUACUUUUAAAUGAGGAUGUUACCCAAUGGAAACAAUCAAAGAGGACAUCUGAACGCUGGACAAUACGUUGCAACGAUUAUGCUAGAUGUCGUAUGGUAUCAGGUACUGCUAAAGCAGUUGUAAUAGCAUUGAAAAAAAAGUAUGCCCCAUAG